AAGUCCUGAUCUCCUAGGUUCAUUUUGGCACUUUUAAUUCCCUCCCCCCACCAAUCUUUAUUCAAUCUCUUACCUCCCCUGUGAGUUUGGACUGGAAUCAGAUGGAGGCUCAGCAUUUUAGGAAGCCAGGGUGCUAUUCUCUGAUUUUGAUUAGAUUUCUGGUUGGUAAAUGGACUGUGUAUGUGUUGGAGGCCAGGACAGGAGACCUAAGCCUAGAACUCCAAGCUUCAGGGUCCCAUCCCAGGGGAGUGUGGGGCCAAAACUUCCCUGCUCCUGUCCUUCCUCUCCCAUAUGCCAGGGAAUUAUGUGCAGGCACCUUCAACUUAUGCUGUCCUUUUUUCCCAUCAAGCAAUUGCAAAGAAGGCUGUGGUCCACCUCAGCCCUCCAUGGACUACUAUCUUCAAUGGGGAGAAAGUGACUCUGACGUGCCAUGGAUUCAACUCCUCCAAAUCAGCGAUAACUCAGUGGUACAAAAACCAACAAUUGCAAGCAUUUUGGUCUACAAACAGCAUUGAGACUAAUCAGACUGGACAGUACCGAUGCCAGACCCAGGGUUCAGCCCUCAGUGAUCCUGUGAACCUGGUAGUUUCUUCUGAUUCACCGAUCCUGCAGACCCCAUAUUCUGUGUUUGAAGGAGACACAUUGGUCCUGAGAUGCCGAGAAUGGAAUAAUAGGUCAAGUAAAGAUGUGACAUAUUAUAAAGAUGGAAAGGAAUUGCCUGAUUACCCUAAAGACUCCGAUCUCUCCAUCUCCAUCCCACAAGUUGACUUAAGUUACAGUGGCAAGUUUCACUGCACAGUUUUCCAAUAUAUUCCUUGGAGAAAACAUUCAAGAAAAGUACAGCUCCAAGUCCAAGAACUGUUUUCACCCCCUGAGCUGAAAACCACAACCUCCAAGCCCACUGAGGGAACCCCAGUGACCCUGAGCUGUGAGACCCAGUGCCAUCCACAGAGGUCAGGCACAGAGCUGCACUUCUCCUUCAUCAGAGAUGGCACGGUCAUCACAUCAGGCUGGAAUAAGUCCCAGGUGCUCCACAUCCCAAACAUCUGGAAGGAAGACUCAGGAUCAUACUGGUGUAAGGCAAAAGCAGUGGCUCAAAAUAUCAGGAAACAGAGCAACCCUGUGAAGAUCAGUGUGAAAAGAAUCCCCAUCUCUGGCAUCCUCAUGGAAACCCAGCCCUCUGAGGGGCAGGUGAUUGAAGGAGAGAAGCUGGUUCUCACCUGCUCAGUAUCUCAGGGCACAGGAAACAUCACAUUCUCCUGGCACAGAGAGGGCAUUAAUGCAAGUCUGGGAAGGAAGACUCAAUGUUCUCUGGAGGAGAAGUUGGUGCUCUCUGCUGUCAAUGAGAGUGAUGCAGGGAAGUAUUACUGUACUGCUGACAACAAAAUCAGUGCCAUGAGCAGCUUGAGAGUGAAUGUCACAGUGAAAAUUCCAGUGUCUCAGCCUCUCUUCAGUGUCAGUGCACUGGGGGCACACUCCACUGUGGGGGAUGUGGUGGAGUUUCAGUGCAAAGUCCUCAGAGGUUCUUUUCCAAUUCAGUAUCAAUUGUAUCAUGGGAAGGCAAUCCUUGAGAACAAGAUAACUCCUUCUGGAGGUGCAGCUUUCUUCAACCUCACCAUGACAACUGGGCAUUCUGGGGAGUACUUCUGUAAGGCCAACAACAGUUUCAGUUGGAAACUCAGUGAAAUUCUGACACUCUCAAUCUCAGUGCCUAGAAGUCAGAAGAACAUGGCCUUCGUGGGAAUCAUUGUUGCCCUGCUCAGCAUUCUUAUUCUCACCACCAUCACUUUCAUGUUUUACUUCAAACUCCUGAGAAAUUCAGGAGGACACUCUGCCCCCAGUCAACACAGGGCCUCUCCCAUCUCAAAUUUUCAAGAACCUGUCUACUUAAAUUCAUCCCCCCAAAUGGAACUGGUGCCAAUAUAUGGUAAUGUAAAUCCUGUAGUUGGAGAUGUGGUUUAUUCUGAGGCCUUUUACAAAGAACAUGGAAAGGAAGCAAACCACACAGAGAACCCUCCAGAGGACAAGGACUCCUCAGUUAUCUAUGCUGAGGUAAAGAAGAAACAUCGACCUAGAGAUUCAGAGAAGGCCAAGUCUGCAGAGAUAAGUCAAGAAGAUGUUGCUGAAGUUUAUGAAAACAUAAAGCUCUUCUGACCCCUCAGUGACAAGUUGACUCACACCCAACUUUUUCUUUUAUAAAGGUCCAUAAGGCAGUUCUUUCCUUAAGUUCAAAACUGCACCCUGAGCAUAGGCAAAAUUAAAGCCAUCUGACUGACUCAUUUGGGUUUUCAUUAUGAAAGGAAGCUUAGUCACCUACACUAGGCCUUUCCUUUCUGACCUAGCACAUCCACCCAGGAAACCAAAUUACAAAACAAAAGCUUGUUUAGUAAAUGCAAAGAUAAAGCAGAGCAUUUCAAUAUGUUUAAUAACUAUCUUUAACAAGGUUUGGUAAUCUCGCAAAGCAUCCUUCUCCAUUCAAGGAAUAUUGCUAUUAUAAACAACCAAAACCAAAACCCAGGAUCCUGCACCUAUAGUAAAAGCACCUAAAAAGCACUGGAAAUAUAUUAAGAAGUUCUGUUCAUCCCUUUCUCUUUUUCCAAUAUUCUUUACAGGCUAUGUCCUAGUUUCCUCAUCUCUAAAA